UGACUUUUUCAAUCAAUGGCGCUUCCAUCCGGGUUUGGCGAGAGACUCGAACAAAUGGAGGAGACCAGAAACCAACGCCUCUCCCUCCUUCAGGCAGAGAAAGAGUUACAGACCACCAAGUCCGAGUUAUUCGCCGCAAAGCUCUCGGACAUCAAAUUCGCAGAACGGCGCUACUUUAAUCUCGAGCGUAAAAUUGUUUCUCAGCAAUUGUUUAUAUUUUUUCUCAAAUCCGAAAACGAUCGUCUAGACACCGAUUAUCUCCGCUCUCUUCAGGAUGUCAGAUAUUUGAAGAAUGAGGUGGAGGAUCUCAGGGAACUUGAGAAAGAAAAGGAAAAAUAUUACACUUCCGAAAACGGGGAGAUGAAUGAAUUCAUGGAGCAUUUGGAAAACUUUGUGGUUGAAUUGCAAGUGCAAGUAGAGGAGCUGAGAAGUUACACCAAUCAGGCAACUUUAAUCAUUCAAAUAACUCUGUGAUUGCGGCUGCCGAGAGGCGAAAGUCAGAGCUCCUGGCUGUCAAACAGAAUCUGGAGACAGAUCUGUCUGUGAAGCACCAAUUAAGAGAGCAAUUGAGAAGGCAACUUGUAAAUCUGUUGAUCAACCAGAAGCCCGCAUAGAAGCAAUAGUUUCAUGUGUAUAGGAAAGCCCGUACACUUCCUGAUGUCCAAUUGUAACAUGCCGAUUUCUUUGGUACACAGACUUCAUCACCGUGCAUUUGGUAAGGAUCCCAUAUUGACCAUCUUAAGUUUUAAUGGUACAAGUGGAGAGAUCAACGGGGUUUAGGCUGUCUGCAGCGCAUGGGAUGAAAACCCAAAUUUGUGGUAUUCAUCCCAAGUAUGCUCCAACCCAAGCCAUAAAUUAUACUCCCUCCGUCUCAUUAAAUUCUUCCCGGUUUGAUUUGGAUCGAAAUUUAAAAAAGUGAGAAUAAAGUGGAAAUGUAUAGUUGUGAUUGAUUAAAACAAUGUAAAUAAAUGUUAGCCAUACAAAACUUUUCAAAAAAAGAAAUGGGAAUAAUUUUUUAGAAAAUCCCAAAAUAGUAAGUGAGAAGAAUUUUAAAAGGUGGAUGGAGUAUAAGAAUGUUUUUAGUGAAUUGGGGGGAACCCUCAGAUGGGGAAGCUAUACCCCUUAACACCUGGAGAGAGAGAGAGAGAGGGGAACAGACAUAGGCCAACUUAAAACAAAAUCCUAAUUUUUGUUAAAGUGUUAUUCCCUCCAUUGCAUAAGAUUGUCUCAUUUUCCCUUUUUUGCCUCGUUUCACUAAAAUUGUCUCAUACCAAAUUAAUUCAAGUUUGUGUGUUUUUAAAUUAUUCUUAGUUUAUUCUUAGUUUAUUAAUUUGAAUUUCAACCAUAUAAUUAUAUUGUUCUUAAUAACCGCAUCACCUAAUGAUGUUUUAAUGUACUACCUCCGUCUCAUAAAAUUCUUCCCACUUUGACUUGGCACGGAGAUUAAGAAAGUGGAAUAAAAUAGAAAUGUAUGGUUGUGGUUGUGUAAGAAAAAGUUGAAAUGAAUGUGAACCACACAAAUUGUCCAAAAAUGGUAAGUGGGAAGAAUUUUUUGGGACGGGCCAAAAAGGAAAGUGGGAAGAAUUUUAUGGGACGGAGGGAGUAUAAUUUUUUAUUUGAUCUCCACUUUUUACAAAAAACAUAAAAAAUUCAUAAUUUUGUAUGAUCAUUCAUAUGAUAUCCAUAUUGCAUGUAUAUGUUAUUUUUUAAAUAUGAAAUUUCAACGGAUGGAGAUUUUUAGAUUCAAAUUUGUUCCUA